CACAGGUGUCUGCGGAUGGCUUUACCUGUUUCAUCUUCCUCUCUUCUCCUCUGCGCCCGCUCGCUCUCUCUCUCUCUCUCUUCUCGGGGUCUUUGAUGGCGACGGAGGUGAGCUCCUUGGCACGGAUGCUGACGGGCUACGGGGAGGAAGGCGAGGGGCAGCGAGAGCAGGAGCUCGUCACGCGGGACUUGCUCGGCGGCGCCGCGGAGGUGGAUCUCGACCUCCAGGUCCCGGCCGGGUGGGAGAGGCAUCUCGAUCUCUCGACGGGGAAGACGUACAUCCAGAAGCGCGAGUCGGAACCCGCUCCCCGCCUUCUCCACGACCUUAACCUUCCGCCACCGUCGCCCUCUGUCGGCCAGAAACUGGAGUACCAGAGCGUCUGCACCCUGGAGAAAGUCAAGUCCGCCCUGGAGCGUGAGUCGCGCCUCCUCCCCCGGCCCGAUGCUUCCCCUUCUCCGCCCCCCUCCUCCUCCUCCGCCUCCUCCUCCGCCUCCGCCUCCUUCCUGUCCAGGCGGUGGACGGUCGAGCAAGCCCAGGACGGCGUCGCGUCGACGGGCCCGGCGACGAUGAUGGCGAUGGCGGUGGCUGUGUGCCCCGCGUGCCUCCUCUACGUGCUCGUCUCGGAGGUGGACCCCCGGUGCCCGAGGUGUACGGCGCACGUGCCGGUCAACGUUCCCCACAAGAAGCCAUGGAUUGACCUCAACUUCUCCCUUCACGCUGAUAACUGUGAUUUGUAUUAGAGAGAAUUAAUUACAUAUAGUGAAGAAAAUUAACACCAAAAAA